AGCCCAAAUCUAGCUAGAUCUGGUGAUUACAAGUUGACCGAUGUUACCCUCGACCAUUUUCGCCAGAGUUUUGCUCUUCCGCGGCGAUCUCUCUUCUUUUGAAAUUUUCCGUUGAUUUUCUCCGGUGAUAACGCUUAAAUUCGCGUGUUUUUCUGGUAGAGAUUGUUCAUAUUGUUGUUCGAUCAAAGUGAAUCAAAAUUUCAGAGGAAGAUUUCUCAACCUAGGGUUUGGAGAUUUCUGCACUGGUAUGCUUCAGCUUGGGUUUUGACGUGGUUUCGUCUUCGUUUCUCUAUAUAAGGCCGUUGUUCCUUUCGGUUGCAAAGGAAAUUGCGAGCAUACUUCUUGCAAAAGAGUAUGCAUAUGCGACAAAAUCUUCUUUUUAGAUCCAGUCCAGCUAUAUGCCCUCAUGGUGUGUGGGAUCUUGUCCCUGUUUAUCUGAAGCAUCACGUUGAUCCAAUCAAACGCAAGAUGCUACAUACAUCAAUUCAGCUUAUAUUGCAAAGUAGAGCUAAAAGAUGUGGCUUUUUAGUUAAUUGUCGUUUUGGAAGCAUUGACUAUUCGAGUAAUGAGCAGCAGGGUUUUCAUAUAAAUGGUGAGGAGAUUUCUUAUGAUUUAUACAAUGCAUCCAUUUGUGAGUUGUGUAGUGAAGGUGACGUUGAUAAGGCAAUGGGGUUGCUUUCCCAGAUGGAGGCUUUGGGUUUUCAUGCAAAUUAUUUGUCUUAUUCAUGUUUGAUCGCUGCACUUGGAAGUGUUGGCAGGACCUUGGAAGCUGAUGCAAUCUUUCAUGAAAUGUUAUCUUCUGGUCGCAGGCCAGGGGUAAAGGUGGUCAAUGCGUUACUUCGGAGCUUCUUGCGAAAAGGCCUCUUAAGGCUAGCAGAUAAGGUCUUGAUGUUACUUGAAGAUUUGGAUGUUGAGAGAAACCAAGAAACUUAUGAGAUCUUGCUUGAGUAUUAUGUCAAUGCUGGGCGGUUGGAGGAUACUUGGUCGAUUGUCUCCAAAAUGAGGAGAGAAAGUUAUCGUUUAAAUUCUUUUGUGUAUAGUAAAAUAAUUGAACUGUAUAGGGACAAUGGGAUGUGGAAAAAAGCACUAGGCAUUGUGGAAGAGAUCCGUGAGAUGGGGUUACGAUUGGAUAAGCGUCUCUUUAAUAGCAUCAUUGAUACUUUUGGCAAGUAUGGUGAGUUGGGAGAGGCCUUAGAAGUGUUUGAAAAAAUGCGCCGAGAUGGCAUAAAGCCUGAUUUUCGAACAUGGAAUUCUUUGAUCCGGUGGCAUUGCAAGUUUGGGCAUCUUGAUGCUGCUAUAGGUUUGUUCGAUGAGAUGCAAGAACAAGGACUAUACCCUGAUCCAAAGAUCUUCAUUAUCAUUAUUACCCAUUUAGUGGAGCAGGGUAGGUGGGAUGUUAUCAAUAAAAUUCUCAAGAAUAUGCAAGGGAGAGGACAUCACAAGAGUGGGGCUAUUUACGCUGUCUUGGUUGAUAUUUAUGGCCAGCAGGGUAGAUUUCAGGAUGCAGAGUAUUGUUUAAAUGCUCUGAAAUUGGAAGGUCUUCAGCUUUCACCUAGCAUCUUUUGUGUCCUGGCCCAUGCCUAUGCUCAGCAGGGAUUCUGUGAGCAGACUGUAAAGGUUCUGCAGAUAAUGGAAGCCGAAGGAAUGGAACCAAACCUUAUAAUGCUAAAUGUGCUGAUCAAUGCUUUCGGGACUGCUGGUAGGCAUAUGGAGGCACUAUCAAUUUACCAGCACAUAAGGGAGAUGGGUAUUACUCCUGAUGUGGUUACUUAUAGUACUUUAAUGAAGGCUUUUAUGAGGGCUAAGAAGUUCGAUCAGGUCCCCAAGAUGUAUAGUGAAAUGGAAUCCGCUGGAUGUGCGCCAGAUAGAAAGGCUAGAGAAGUGUUGCAAUCAGCAUUGAUGAUCCUUGAACAAAGACAUUGUUAGUUUACAUAGAACUUAUCAACCUAUUCGGCUCUAACAAUGCUGUUGUUAGCUUCUUCAUUCAGAAGAUGACGUACAGCACCAAAAACUAAAAAGCACUUUUGAUGCUACUCACUGUUAUCCACAAUCUUUAAGGACUUUGAUACUCAAGUGAGAUAAUGUCCUUGAUCUUCAUAGUAAUUAUUUCUUAAUUUUGCUUUCUUUUGGUCUCGUUAUUCAUUCUUUAUCUGUUCUAAAGCUUUAGCCUUGUCGAUUUCACGGCCUUCUAACUUGUUUGUCAGCUUAUUGCUGUACCACUUCUUGGUGCCUUAUUUAGGUUACGUAUCUUUUGAUAAGGAAGUUACGGCAGAGCAGCUUGUCAUUUCUGAGGUUUCAGUAAAUGACAGCCAGCCUGUGCCUUUUAAAGGAACUACCUGGUACUAGCAAGGAUACUCGGUAACAGCAAGGUGUCCUGGGCACCUUCAGGCUUCACUUUUUCCUUGGCAGCCAUUCUUUUCUCCAAAUGUACUUCUGUUCUUCUGCAUUAUUGCUAUAUCAACAGGGUGAGAAAUGGUUCACCUAGGUUUUCCUAGUCACAAGCUCAAUUAGAUGCGAUGAAAGAUCAGAAUCUGCAUGUUUCUUGAAUAACUUGAUGCUGCAGAGAUUGUAUUUGCUUGCUGAUAGUGUCACAAAUUUAACUUAUAUAUGCUGAUAGUGCUCUUGAUAUUUUACACUAUUGGUGUGUUCUAACUUGUUAUAGCAGAUUGUUUAUUUAUAUAUUACCAAAUUAGGCUUAAUAUGGA